CACACACACACACACACACACACGCACAGAGAGACAGAGGAAGAAACAGGACUGGUCUCUGCAGGUGUUUCUUUACUCCUUUGGAAACGUCAGGCUGGGCUGCGUUGAUGAUGGCUGUUGAAUAGUAGGCAAUAGGAAAGCUAAUAUUCCGUGCCCUCUGCACUUCUUGGGUCCCAAAGCGACCACAGCAGCAGAGAAGUAAAAAUAGCAGGCGAUGAUGAACAAGGCCUGGGCGGGCAACAGGAACUGGAGGAUGCACGAGCCCUGUGGUGGCUCCAUGGCCACAUCCACUCAGAGCAUGUCCACUUGCAAGCAGUGAACACCCAGGAGUCAAGUGAAUGGUAUGAUGCUUUCCAGUGAAGUCUUAGCCUAUGGUCUCUGGGAACCCAAAUGACUCUAGAACCCUGUGCCAAUGGAGUCUUGAUAAUUUGGAAUCCUUCCUACUUCUUCCUGUAUAUUGCCUUCAGAUAUAACACUUCAGAAUAAAGUAUCUAGACUUAAAGUUUCUAUAUACAACCCAAAGAUAUUUAUGCAAGUGGUCAUCUGUAAACAGAUCACUUGUGUCUCCAACUGAGAAGCAGAGAUGCCACCAGCUUCUAGCGCCCCACCACCGUUCCCACCUCCUCCUGAUGGAGGGUGGGGUUGGGUGGUAGUGGGAGCAGCUUUUAUUUCCAUUGGAUUUUCCUAUGCAUUCCCCAAAGCCGUGACAGUAUUCUUCAAAGAAAUUCAACAGAUAUUCAACACCUCCUACAGUGAAAUAGCAUGGAUAUCAUCCAUUAUGCUGGCCAUUAUGUAUGCAGGAGGUCCCAUCAGCAGUAUUUUGGUGAAUAAAUAUGGCAGCCGGCCCGUCGUGAUCGUGGGAGGCUUAUUAUGCUGUUUGGCGAUGGUCUUGGCUUCUUUCAGCAAUAGCGUAGUAGAGCUUUACCUCACCGUGGGCUUCCUCGGAGGUUUAGGCUUAGCCUUCAACCUGCAGCCUGCCUUAACCAUAAUCGGCAAAUACUUCUUUAAGAAACGACCCAUAGCAAAUGGAUUGGCCAUGGCAGGAAGUCCUGUUUUCUUAAGUAGUUUGGCUCCUUUCAACCAGUACCUUUUUAAUACGUAUGGCUGGAAAGGAAGCUUCUUGAUUUUGGGUGGCAUAUUUUUGCACUCUUGUGUGGCUGGGGCCCUCAUGAGACCCCUUAAGGCCAAAAACAGUGCUUCUCGGUCUAAAAAUAAGAUUGAUGUAAAAGGAGAUGAUUUGGCGGAGAAGGAAACCAGUGCGAUAUCCACAAAAGGAAAUAUUAACAAAUACUUAGAUUUCUCCCUCUUUAAGCAUCGAGGAUUUUUGAUCUACCUGUCUGGGAAUGUCAUUAUGUUUCUGGGUUUUUUUGCCCCCAUUAUCUUCCUGGCUCCCUAUGCUAAGGACAAGGGGGUGGAUGAGUACUCCGCAGCCUUUUUGCUGUCCGUCAUGGCUUUUGUGGACAUGUUCGCCAGGCCCUGUGGAGGCUUAAUUGCAAACUCCAAAUAUAUCCGCCCCAGAAUCCAGUAUUUCUUCAGCUUUGCCGUCAUGUUCACGGGGAUCUGCCACCUCCUGUGCCCGCUAGCAGAGACCUACUCCAGCAUGGUGGUCUAUUCCAUAUUUUUUGGCUAUGGGUUUGGAAGUGUGAGCAGUGUCCUCUUUGAAACUCUCAUGGACCUAGUAGGUGCCGCCAAGUUUUCCAGUGCCGUUGGACUUGUCACAAUUGUGGAGUGUGGCCCUGUGCUUCUUGGCCCUCCUCUUGCUGGUAAAUUGGUGGAUAUAACUGGACAAUACAAGUACAUGUACAUGGCUAGCGGGGCAAUUGUGGUAAUAUCCAGCAUCUGGCUGCUCAUUGGAAAUGCCAUCAACUACAGACUACUUGCAAAGGAAAGGAAGAUGGAAAAUGCAAAGAGGCAGACAUCCUCGCAAUACUCCAAAGAAUCUGAACCCUUGAGCAAACCUACGCACAAGGACACGGUAGUGAACAUUUCAAAAGCACACGGUUCUCCCUCAGAAAGGGAAAGUAACAUCUAACAGGAACCACAUCAGCCAUACCAGUGUAUGUCACUUUACACAGGAGUUUUGUGUGUGUGUGUGUGUGUGUGUGUGUGUUUCAAAAUGCUUCGAAGGAUUUUAGCUGAAGAAGGAGUCACAAUUAUGGAUCAAAAUGAGAUUUUCUAAAAUGACAAAUCGUGAAUUAGUUUUACACAACUUGAAUAGUUAAAUUUUGGGGUUAUACAUACAAUGAAUCCUUCCAGUGGACUGUUUUUUUUUUUUCCCUAUACUUAACUCAGGAUGCAAUAGUAAAAAGAACAAAUUAACAUUUAAUUGGCAUAUGGUCAUGGAUGUAGGACAAGAUCUACUUCUGAAAUUCCUGGUUUUUUUAGUUGGAAGGACAUUUAAUCCCACAUAGUGACUGCCUUCAUAGUCACUAUAUUUUUUUAUUUGAUAGUAACUAUUAAUUACAAUUAAGGAAUUAUAUUUUUCUUCACAUACACAAAG